UUGGAGGGGGCGUUGCCACAAUACUAAAAGACUCCACGUGGAAGAGAAAAUGAGCUUGCAAGCAGCUUGCCAGGACUAUGUACCUGGAGAGAGUGACCUGAUUCUAGUGGGUCUUGGGGAGCAGUUAGACUCUGGAUCAGUGGAGGAUGCAGUCCAACUAUUGCUACAGGACAAGUACAAGUCCAUCCUAGUUGACCUCGGCUGGGACCUCCUCUCUCUCCUCACCCUACGACUGCCUGUGGAUGAGACUGACCUCAGGUGGUCGCUGGUGGACAAGAUCGUAGAGCUGGGCUCCCCUAAAGAGAUGUGUCUGGCUGUACUGGAACAGAUGGACUCACUCUCAAUGAUGGACAAAACAGCGGCCGUACUGAACAUGUUGUCACCAUUACAGAAAGCUCUCUUGCAAGCUCCUAAUGCUGCCAUAGUAACAUCGACCCUCCAUAGCGUGUAUAGACUGAUAGAGAAGUGCUGCCCCCAACUUACAAUGGUGGAGAGAGACACAGAUGUGGGUGAUGAAGAUAUUGAACACUCAUACGAUAAUGCUGCUACUGAAGACCAGAUAGACUGCAACUUUUUCGCAAUGUCUAAUCAAGUUUUAACAUUUAUACGACCUUUUGUUGACAGAAUGCAUGUAAUGGCAACUCAACCAGAAGUUCUGUUUCCAAACCACAAACUCGCGGUCAAUGUCCUAUUAUUGGAUCAACUUCGGAAACAAAAAAUUGAGUGUCUGGCCAUCUUACUAUGUUUAUUGGACUACCCUCUGGUUAGCUGUUGCUAUGGGACUGAGGGAAAAACUGAUCAAGUGUUAGCGACGAGAGCGAGAAACGUUGCUGAGUCGAUAAUGGGGCUCAUCACCCAGUGCCACUACGGUUGUAUCCAUCUGCUCUCCCCCUCACCACCCUGGCCGAGGGUCGGACUGGCCUCUUUUGCUCACCUAUUACUUGUGGAGGAGAUAAUGAUAUCGUAUCUACCAGUUGUGCUGAGCCAGCAGUUUCUCCUCUCACUGUGUUUGGCUCAUGUGAUCACUUUGUUAGAAAGGCCUGAGACAACAACAGUGGUGCUUAAAGGCUUGGCUCUACUAGAGAGUGCUGUAGGGAGAGUGGAGAAAAAUUCCCUACCUCUGGUUGCCUUGGAAAACAAACAAUAUAUCAACCUGGCUAAUGUGAUCACCAAGGUGAUGGUGUCCUGCUCUGACAAGACAGCAAGACAGAGGAGUGUGUCCCUGCUAAUGAGACUGAUCCAUAUCUUCACUGCCGACGGUCGUCACAAGCUCUACUCUCACUUACUGCACACAGUGUGUCACGGUGGAGUGGUGGGGCUACUGGUACACAGUGUCAAGAAUGAAGUGGACACAGCUCUAAAGGGAGCCUCAAUGCUCACAGCCAGUCCCUUCCUUGGGGAGAGUUUGGGUCCAUUGCUCAACAAAAUAUUCACCCUCUCACCUGACACACAACUCAUGGAGGAAAUGGACAGGGUGAUGGCUGCCUUGAACUUUCUCAGAUACUUACUGAUUGGGGAUACACAAGAGAGAAAUGAGACUGGAGUGUGGGGUAUCCGGUCACACCUCCACACUAGUUUUGUGGCCCCAGUGAGACAACUACUGACCAGCACUAAGAUGGUGUGUAGACAAGAAAUGGAGGCUGCCAGAGAGGAGAAAGGGCAAAGGGCAAAAGACGGACCAGAGGUGUGUGUAGAGGUUGCUGGGGAGACACUACCCAAGCUGUCAGAGAAGGAAGAGCUACAGAUGCUGGAGGUGGUAGGUAACCACAUGGACAUGUUGGAGAGUGUACUAGUCAGAGUGGAGGAACUAUUGGAACAUUGAAUAUUACAGUGCAAUUAUGAUUAAGUUUCACUAUUAUAUUAAUUACAUGUACUUUUAACGGAGCCAAAACUCUCAAGAAGAAAAAUAAUACAUAUAUCUUAAAAUUAAUGGUUUGAGCUUGCCAGGACUAUGUACGUUUGUCUGCUGCUGCUGAACUAUAGCCUCGUUCCCAGCCUCGUUGUCUCUAAAAUAACGUUAGGCCGCCAACUAGCCUCUUUCCCAGCCGAGUUGUCUCUGAAAUAACGCUAGGCCGCCAACUAAAAAAAAAAAUCGGCCUGGGACCGAGGCUACUGCUGAACAUGCACACUGUACUGUAAAGUUACUGUUUUUCUACUGCAGGUACUUGGAGAGGGUGACCUGAUUCUAGUGGGUCUUGGGGAGCAGUUGGACUCUGAACCAGUGGAGAAUUGCAA